UCCCGGCCGACGGCAUUCGGGCCGGGUGGGGGCCGGGGGCCGGGCGCCGGGCUGAGGUCGGCCGGAGCCGGCGGGCUGCCUUCGAGUCAAGUCAGCGUCACCGUCGAACCUAAGUGAGGGGGCACAGGGAAGGGCCUAGGAGGGCUUGGGGGCGCUGGAGGGGGCUUCGCGGACGCGAGCUGGGGCCCCGCUCGCCAUGGGGGAGGUGGAGAUCUCGGCCCGGGCCUACGUGAAGAUGUGCCUGCACGCCGCCCGUUACCCGCACGCCGCUGUCAACGGGCUAUUGCUGGCGCCAGCGCCGCGGUCGAGAGAAUGCCUGUGCCUCACCGACUGUGUGCCCCUGUUCCACAGCCACCUGGCCCUGUCUGUCAUGCUGGAGGUCGCGCUCAACCAGGUGGAUGUGUGGGGCGCGCAAGCCGGGCUGGUAGUGGCAGGGUACUACCAUGCCAAUGCAGCUUUGGACGACCAGAGCCCUGGGCCCUUGGCCUUGAAAAUCGCUGGGCGGAUUGCAGAAUUCUUCCCUGAUGCAGUACUUAUUAUGUUGGAUAAUCAGAAACUGGUGCCACAGCCUCACGUGCCCCCAGUUAUUGUCCUGGAGAGCCAUGGUCUCUGCUGGGUCCCCAAGGACAAGAACUUAGUGAUGUGGAGGGACUGGGAAGAGUCACGGCAGAUGGUGGGAGCAUUACUAGAGGGCCGGGCCCACCAGCACCUUGUGGACUUUGACUGCCACCUUGACGACAUCCGGGAGGAUUGGACCAACCAGAAGCUCAACGCCCAAAUCACCCAGUGGGUUGGUCCCACAAAUGGAAAUACCUGAGCCAGGGCCAGAGGGGAGGCUCAGGAUCCAAUAAAGAAACUUGGGCUGUUGGGC